CCUCUUGGCAUGGGGGUGAAGAGGAGCCUUCAGACGGGAGGCAAUUUGCUUAAUCUCUUGACCAGCAUCCUCACAGUACUGUCCACUGCUACCAACUACUGGAUACGACAGCAGGGGGGCCACAGUGGGCUGUGGCAGGAAUGUACCCACGGCGUCUGCUCCAACAUUCCCUGCCAGAACACCCUGGCGGUGACUGCAGCAUGCAUGGUGUUGGCAGCGACCUUCAGUAUCGUAUCUUUGGGGAUGGGGAUGAGGAUUUGGUGUCAUGAGGGCGAGUCACUGCGUAGCCAGAAUGCCAUUGUCUUACUUUUUCUCAGCGGGCUGCUGCUGAUGAUUGCACUGAUUGGGUACACUGCAAAGAAUGCCUGGAAGCCAGAAGUCUUCUUCUCCUGGUCCUACUUUUUCGGAUGGCUGGCUUUACCCUUCUCGUUUCUUGCGGGCUUCUGCUUUCUGCUCGCGGACAUGAUCAUGCAGAGCACCGAAGCCAUCAGCGGGUUCCCAGUGUGCCUGUGAAU